UUAGACCUUGUAAAGGAUAUUAGGGUAAGUUACUUCAGAAAGAAAGAUGGUAAUUUAAAAAAAUAUGACCGCCUUCUUAAUGCCCCUGGUCAACCCAUGGCAAUCAAAACUCUGAGGAGACUACAAAAUUAUUUUUGCUAUACUCAUCACUUCCACUUUACCUGCUGAGAAAAAAUUAGAGAAAAAUGUUUAGAUUUGCUCCCAUAAUAAUGGACAUGAUUCACAUUUUUCUUCACUCUCUACUGAAGUCAAUUUACCAUCUCUAUANCAAUAGAGGUUACCAAUUUUCUGAGACUAGGAUCCAGGCUCUUUGCAAUUCUUUUUUCUGGCCACAUUAAACUGAAUUUUAAAAGCUUCAGUACAAUACACUGUUUGUUUAAUCUCUUCUCUCUCUUUUUUUUUAUUUUUAGACCUUGUAAAGGAUAUUAGGGUAAGUUACUUCAGAAAGAAAGAUGGUAAUUUAAAAAAAUAUGACCGCCUUCUUAAUGCCCCUGGUCAACCCAUGGCAAUCAAAACUCUGAGGAGACUACAAAAUUAUUUUUGCUAUACUCAUCACUUCCACUUUACCUGCUGAGAAAAAAUUAGAGAAAAAUGUUUAGAUUUGCUCCCAUAAUAAUGGACAUGAUUCACAUUUUUCUUCACUCUCUACUGAAGUCAAUUUACCAUCUCUAUACAUUGUAGGUUAUUUAAAUUGUAUAAAAGAAGAAAAAAAUUGAAGAAUUGUAGCUCCUUUAAUUAUUUGGCAGUGAAAUACUAGACUUCCCCAUAAGUUGAACUGGAAAAGCAGAGCUAUGGUUGUAAAAAAAAAUGUGAGCAAAGCACUUGCAUUCCUAUAAUGACGAAGGACUCUGAGAAAGUUUGUUCAAAAAACCAGGUCAGGGAUUAUUUUGUUUUUGAAAUUCUCAUAAAUAUAUAGACUUAGCUAGAGUUAAAAGCGAAGCUCCUGUUUAAACAUUUUAAAUUUACCUCAGGCAAUGGACUUGAAACCUCUGCAAAGAAAUCCACAAAUCUAUAUUUAACUUUAGGGGAGAACCACUGACAGAAAGACAUAGACUUGACCCUGCAGUCAAUUAAAAGCUUACGACUAGUCAGUGGGAAACAUGUGACCUAGAUGAGUUGCAUGGUUUGUAGAAUCUUGAAAAGAAUCUUGAAUUGUAGUUGUCGUCUUGAAAAGUCCUUGAAUUCGAUUAAGGUCCUUGAAAAAUACUUGAUUUCUUUAUUAGGUCUUGAAUAGUCCUUGGAAUUCAAUACAUGUACCUUGUUUAUGCCACAUCAUUUUCUAUGAAAAUUAUUACAUUAUUUCGCCAUGAAAAAUUUGGCUCAUUCUCACUGUAAGAACCUGUAAAACUCACGGGUAACGUUAAAACAUUUUUGUGCACUGACAAUAUUUAUUUCUGUUUCUUUAUUUCAACUGCUAUUUCUAUACCUCAGAUGCACCUGCAAGUCAUACCCAGUAACUGUUGCGCUUUUGCAAAGUGUUGUGACGGAAAGUAGUUAAAAUAAUGUGAUCAACCAUGGCUGAAAAAGUAAAAAUUGGAAAUGACUUCAUUAACUGCCAUAAAGUGUUUUAGCCAGUAAGGUGUUUAAAAGAGGGUUAAGGAAUACCGAUUUAUUGAAUAAAUCUUAGUCCCUGAAAACUGUAAUUUUUCCUUGGGAAGUCCUUGAAAUUUGUUUGACUGAAGUUGUGCAAAACAUGAGUUGGCACCUGAGUCCACAAUACAUUCAUGUGACUCUGGUCAGUGGAUACCUGAUUUGACAGCUGUCAAUUGACCAUAAUAUGAAUGUCUAUUAUCAAAUUAAACACAGGUUACAGGCUCCCACACUAGCUAGAAAGUUUGACAUUUCACAUUGGUUUCCCUGUGGUGCAGACGGCCAAACAUUUGGUUGUGAUUACCAACAUUUCUUGGAUGGAUAGAUUACCAAAUUUUCUUAGGUAUGGGGCUUUGCUCAUGCGUGCUUUAUAUGCUCAUGGAGCUCUGUUAAGAUACAAAAAAUUAAUAUAAAAUAAAUAAAUGUCUCUAGGCAUUACUCUUUUUAGGUGGAAUUUUUAAUUCAUUGAUUUAUUUUAGGACCCAGAGUUACCACAAACACUUGAGGAAUUAAGUGUCAUUGAAGAGGAAUUUAUUAAAAUUCAUGAGACUGGAAAUGAUGAAUACAUCAUUAAGAUAGAAUUUAAACCUACUGCUCCUCAUUGCUCUCUUGCAACACUGAUAGGUAAGUCAGACCAUAGAAGACUACCAACACUUUGUAAAACUUCUCAGUACUGUGUGAGAUUGCUUUCUUUUUGUUUGUUUUAAUAUUAUUCAAAAUAUUUUGAUUACAACAGCACAAAGCAUGUGGCAAAAAUUUGAGGGUAGUUUCUUGUUGCAGCAGACGGGCCAGUCACCAAAUGACAUAAUACAAAUGAUUAAAAGGACACUGACUGAUAACCCACACCAUAACACAAAAUGUGAACCAACAGUUAUGGUUUUUGAUGACACCAAGAACAACUGUUAA